CAGAAGGCAGAUCAGCAAACCAGAGAAGAUAGAGCAUAACUGAGCCGACCUUCAUGGCGAUGGCAAAUAACAAAUUCCUCACCAUUGUCCUAUUUGGUCUUUUUUUCAGCCUUGCUCCAGCACUUGCUGACAGCACAGUGUCUUGCUAUAGGAUUGAGCCAGGAACAAUAGCAGGCAUCAUCUGUGCAGAUGUGGUGCUGACCCUUAUUAUUGUCGUUGUAACAUACCGAUGUGCCAGUUUUCGGCGUCAAAAGAUAGAUAAUGCUCACAAAGUGUAUAUGAAUGUCCGGGCCAACUGCAAGAGCUAAAAGGAUAGUGCAGUGCAUGAAAACACUUUCAACUUUCUUGUAGAAAACUGUUUACUUUUUUAAAGAAAUCUUCUCUGAAAAUUAAUUAUAGAAAAAUAUCAUUAACUAUUACAUUUUAAGUUAACAUGAACACAUUGUUUUACACAUUUUAUAUCUUACUUCUUAGCUAAUUGUACUUAGACUUCAACCUGUUAAUUCAUACUACAAAAAAUAAAUAAAAGUCUCAUAAAUGGGAUUUCAUACUCAUACAAUGUGGACUGUGAUUUUAAAUAUGUUACAAAGUUAUAUAAGAUGUGUUUCAGUUUAUUUAGUAGAGACUUUGAAAAAGGCAGUCCAGUUUUAUCUUUAUAGUACCAUUUCACAGCAACAGUUGCCUCAAGGUACUGUUUACUGUAAAAUAAGGACCCUACAAUAAUACUGUAUUUUAAUAAUAUUAAUUGUGUGUGAUAAUAAUAAUUGUAUAUGGUUAACAUUUAAAUACACUGUUAAAAACCAUCAAGGAAACCUUUGAGUAAUCUUAACUUUAAUUUUUGCUCUGAUUUUGUAUAAUCAGCCCUCAAAGCGUUGUUACAGCAUUUUGUUUACAAAAAAUAAUAUACAAGGAUUCAAAGUUGAGUAUUUUAUUUAUGGACAUCAGAUGUGUGGUUUAAAUCUUCCUUUAAUAUUUUUCAGCAGUAUUAUUUAAUGUUAACUAUAAACAAUUUUGACACAGAUCGUACUGGAGGAUACAGCACCCCCUGAAGUUGGGUAGUGGUAGCAAACUAUCUAAUCAGGGGUGUCGAACUCCAGGCCUCAAGGGCCGGUGUCCUGCAGGUUUUAGAUAUCACCCUGUUUCAACACACCUGAAUCAAAUGAUUAGUUCAUUACCAGGCUUCUGGAGAACUUUAAGUCAUGUUGAAGAGGUAAUUUAGCCAUUUAAAUCAGCUGCGUUGGAUCAAAGACACAUCUAAAACCUGCAGGACACCGGCCCUCGAGGCCUGGAGUUCGACACCUGUGAUCUAAAUAGUUUAACCGGGACCUGGAGAUGUUGUGCAAAUGUUCAUAUUAUAUUUACAAACUGUAAAAUGUAUAAAAAGUAAUGCUAAAAAUGUCCACUUUAGCACAUUAAUAAAAGAAAGCUAAAACA